CACUUUCUCACUCCUCCAACGAUCUUGAUCCUGACUUCUCCCCGUCACCCUCAUCUCUCUACAGAAAACUCAUCAACCACAAGAAGUAAGAAACCCUUCCUCCUACACUUGUCUCUCCUCGUUGUCCCAUCUUCCAACCCCGGAGCAAUCCACAGUCAAAUGCGACAGGAACCCCUCUGCAGCGCUGACUUUCUACCUUGCCACCUACAGAUCACAACCAAUCCACAAACAAGAUGGCCGACGCGAACGCCUCGCCCGCCGGCGGUGACGCCCCGGCUCCCGUCGAGCACCUGAACAUCAAAGUCACCGACAACAACAACGAGGUCUUCUUCAAGAUCAAGCGGUCAACCCAGCUGAAGAAGUUGAUGGAUGCGUUCUGCGAGCGUCAGGGUAAACAGCCUUCGACCGUUCGUUUCCUGUUCGAUGGUACCCGUGUGCGUCCUGAGGAUACGCCAGACACUCUCGAAAUGGCCGAUGGAGACACCCUUGAAGUCCACCAGGAACAGAUCGGUGGUUAAAUAGAGAAAACUUCUUGUUCUUCUUCUUAUCCCGAUGAAUUAAUGACGAAUAUGGUCUUUUUCUUCCCUUACAUACAUCUUCCUCCAAUCAACAUUUAGCCAGUCAUGCUUUUCCGCCUUCAAUACUUCUUUCAUCCACAUUCUUCUAUACGCCUUCUUUCUUAAAUGUGUCGCAUUUGGAAGGAGGUACAAUCAAAAAAAA